AUGGAGAACAAAUCUGAAUUGAAAAGCAAAGAGAAAGAGGCUGAUACGGGUAUGUAUAAGAAAGCAAAUCCAUUUGUUAACAAGGAACUAUUGCAGAGCACAGAUAUUAGGGGAUCAGCUCUCCCCUCACUUGAAGAAGUUUUUGCCCGUCUUAAGAGGACAUCCAUUGARYCRGUGGAACAUUCUUCCUUCUCUGAUAGAUCUGGUUUGGUAGUGACUAAAGGGAGUGGUUGUGGAAGUAGAAGUGGUGGGGGCAGCAGUGGCCCUCCAAGCAACCGUGGUGGACACAUGUUUCACUGGGCCAAUGGCCGGACUAGAGGCCUUCCUUUUUUCUCUGAUGCCGGGGUUUCUUCUUAUCCCUCUGUGGUUCCUCUUCCUGUUCCGGUUGUAGACCCCCUUCCCGUAGCUCCCACUCCUACUGCAGAUGCACAUCAUAUGCCUGUUACUACAGAGAGGCUGCCAAUUACUCAAGUGUAUACCCGCAGAAGUGCUUUGGCUCCUCCUCCAUUUCAGCACCCGUCGACAGAUCCUACUACUGCUCCUUCUCCCUCAGAUCUUCAUCUCCCUAUUGCUUUGCGGAAAGGUAAACGUACUUGUACUUCUCAUCCCAUUUCAGACUAUGUUUCCAUUGCUCACCUUUCUGCUUCUCAUUGCAAGUUUAUAUCAUUACUCUCAUUGGUUCCCAUUCCCAAGACAGUACAGGAAGCCCUUACCUCUCUAGGGUGGCAGCAAGCCAUGGAAGAAGAACUCUCUGCCCUACAACAUAAUCAUACGUGGGAACUCACCACCCUUCCUCCUGGUAAGCACACUGUUGGGUGUAAAUGGGUCUAUACAGUGAAGCAUCUUCCUGAUGGUAGUGUGGAACGAUUGAAGGCACGGUUCAGUGAAGUGGUGAAGGCCUUUGGGAUGAAACAGUGUCAGGUUGAUCAUUCUGUGUUUAGCUAUAACUCAAAAGAUGGAAAGAUCUUGCUAGUCGUGUAUGUGGAUGAUAUUGUCAUAACUGGAAGUGACAGYAAUGGAAUUGAYAGGCUGAAAAAAUUCUUACAGGAYCACUUCAAUACAAAAGAUCUGGGGAAGCUAAAGUAUUUCUUAGGAAUAGAAGUUGCGAGGUCAAAACAAGGGAUCAACCUAUGUGAAGAGUUUGAUGAUCCUAGAAGAUACAGAAGGUUGGUGGGAAAGUUGAACUACCCGACCAUUACUCGACCAGAUAUAUCAUUUGCUGGUGCUCCAGGUCGUGGGUUGUUACACCAAAAGGGAGGAACUCUUGAGAUAGUAGGGUACACAGAUGCUGAUUGGGCUGGCUCUAUAUCAGACAGGAGGUCAACCACAGRGUAUUGUACCUUCCUGGGUGGMAAUCUUGUAACUUGGAAGAGCAAGAAGCAAAUAGUGGUGGCAAAAAGUAGUGCGGAAGCAGAGUACAGGGCUAUGGCCAAUACCACAUGUGAACUACUGGAUGCAGUCAGUAGUCUCAGGGUGUCUGGCACAAUUUUUGCCUUCGGGAAAGCCUGUCUUGUUUCAGGUAUCCAUUCUUAG